GAUAUCCAGUGACAAGUUAAUAAGUUAGACACAGAGGUGUUUUCUCCAACACUAUCUCAGAAGAUACACAAUAUUGAGGGGCCUGGUUGAGACUCAACAGUCUUUUUGAAGCUAGGCUAAAGCCACAAAAAAUUAUACUAGGGACUUUAAGAAGAAUUUUGUUAUGUGACUUCAAGAACUAGUUGACUCAGUGUCACACCUUGCAAAACGGAAACCAGUGACAGAUGAGGGUGUUUGUGAACCGAAGUUUAGCCAUGGAAAAAAUAAAAUGCUUUGGUUUUGAUAUGGAUUACACCCUUGCUGUAUACAAGUCCCCGGAGUAUGAGUCCCUUGGCUUUGAGCUUACUGUGGAGAGAUUAGUUUCUAUUGGCUACCCUCAGGAGCUGCUCAGCUUUGCUUAUGAUUCUACAUUCCCUACCAGGGGACUUGUCUUUGACACACUAUAUGGAAAUCUUUUGAAAGUCGAUGCCUAUGGAAACCUCUUGGUCUGUGCACACGGAUUUAACUUCAUAAGGGGUUCUCAGGUAGCUGCACAGAAGAGACCAGAAACUAGAGAGCAGUAUCCAAAUAAAUUUAUCCAACGAGAUGACACUGAAAGAUUUUACAUUCUGAACACACUAUUCAACCUACCAGAGACCUACCUGUUGGCCUGCCUAGUAGAUUUUUUUACUAAUUGUCCCAGAUAUUCCAGCUGUGAAACAGGAUUUAAAGAUGGGGACCUCUUCAUGUCCUACCGGAGUAUGUUCCAGGAUGUAAGAGAUGCUGUUGACUGGGUUCAUUACAAGGGCUCCCUUAAGGAAAAGACAGUUGAAAAUCUUGAAAAGUAUGUAGUCAAAGACGGAAAACUGCCUCUGCUUCUGAGCCGAAUGAAGGAAGUAGGGAAGGUAUUUCUUGCCACCAACAGUGACUAUAAAUAUACAGAUAAAAUUAUGACUUACCUGUUUGAUUUCCCACAUGGCCCUAAGCCUGGGAGCUCCCAUCGACCAUGGCAGUCCUACUUUGACCUGAUCUUGGUGGAUGCACGAAAACCACUCUUUUUUGGAGAAGGCACAGUACUGCGCCAAGUGGAUACUAAAACUGGCAAGCUGAAAAUUGGUACCUACACAGGCCCCCUACAGCAUGGCAUCGUCUACUCAGGAGGUUCAUCUGAUACCAUCUGUGAUCUGUUGGGAGCCAAGGGCAAAGACAUUUUAUAUAUUGGAGAUCACAUUUUUGGGGACAUUUUAAAAUCAAAGAAAAGGCAAGGGUGGCGAACUUUCUUGGUGAUUCCUGAACUUGCACAGGAGCUGCAUGUCUGGACUGACAAGAGCUCACUUUUUGAAGAACUUCAGAGCUUGGAUAUUUUCUUGGCUGAACUCUACAAGCACCUUGACAGCAGUAGCAAUGAGCGCCCAGACAUAAGUUCCAUCCAGAGACGUAUUAAGAAAGUAACUCAUGACAUGGACAUGUGCUAUGGGAUGAUGGGAAGCCUGUUUCGCAGCGGCUCUCGGCAGACACUUUUUGCCAGUCAAGUGAUGCGUUAUGCUGAUCUCUAUGCAGCAUCUUUCAUUAAUUUGCUGUAUUACCCGUUCAGCUACCUCUUCAGAGCUGCCCAUGUCUUGAUGCCUCAUGAAUCAACAGUGGAGCACAUACACGUAGAUAUCAAUGAGAUGGAGUCCCCUCUUGCCACCCGGAACCGCACGUCAGUGGAUUUCAAAGACACUGACUACAAGAGGCACCAGUUGACACGGUCGAUUAGUGAGAUUAAACCUCCCAACCUCUUCCCACUGGCUCCUCAGGAAAUUACACACUGCCAUGAUGAAGAUGAUGAUGAAGAGGAGGAAGAAUGAGGAAAACCAAAACCCUGAGCACCCAUUAAGUUCUGGCAGGACUCACAGGAACAAGGAUGGUCCCUAUUUGGGUUCUAGUGGGGAGGGGGGCAGGGUUCCAUCAAAGGUAUGUCUGGAAAGUUUCUGAAGACUUUAAAAUAUUCUAAUCAUAGAGAGAUACUUGUUUUAGUUUCGUGUAUCUGUACUCUUUGCAGAUAGUUCAGAAUUAUAAUGGAGUGGAAGAAAAUAAGGGUAAAGUAAGGCUGAAGUGCAUGCAGAUGGUUCCAUUGUGGCUUGUGACAGUUUCCUUCUCUUUUUUUCAUCAGUAUGUCAUAGUGUAUCUGGAUACACUAAGAAUGGUGAAGGGUCUCAGAGUAGAACGAGGGAAGAGGUGAUCCAAAAUGCUGUAAUGUUACAAAUUGUGCUAUUAUUCCAAAAUCCAACUUUUUCAGUGCGUUACACAGUAUUGUAUAUCAGUGGAGAAAUAUAUUGUUUCCAUUAUCAACUGUA